CAUGAAGUUUUUUUUUUCAUUGUCGACAUAAACAUUAAAGAUGUUUCAAAGAAAAAACACUUUCUAUUUCACUACAUUUAUUGCUCUUUUUUACAAAGGUCGGUUAUAUCGCAGCUAACUAUGCAUGUAACCUGAACCACCAAUGCAAUUUAAGUGCAAGCGUUUCAGCCGUAUUUCAAAUGCAAAACGCAAGAUUAUAAUUGUUCCGCUUUGGAGAGCACAUCCUGGCUUACUAGUGACAGGAUUUGUCCAAUGAAAUACAACAUCUUGUCAUCCCUUGCAGAAAUGUUAACGUUUUAAGUAUUUAAUCAUAUAAAAUAAUGAAGAUGUUGGUGCAACAAAUGCAACAGCAUACAGUAAAGCACAUGUAUUACCGAGAAUAAAAACAACAUAAUCUGUCUUCAUAAUAUGAGUCAUAAAGUGGCAUGAAAUGUCAAAAGGUAAUUGUAAAAAUACAUAAUUGUAAAAAUAGCAUACAGAAAAUUCAGGUAAUUGAAGAUUUAACAACUUCCUGUUGUGUUUAUUUAUUUUUAAUCGUCUGACAACAUUAUUGAAAGUCCACAUAAAGAGUACUGCACUUCAUAUUCCAGUCCUUUAGGGGGCGGUACUGCGCUUAAACUAUCAGAAGACCCUUCCUCUCUUAGCGGUGCUCCUCUUUCGUGACGUCACAGUGUCUGCCUCUACACGGGCAGCUGGCAUCUUUGCUUUGUGUGAAAGGACGCUGUGAUGUUUUUGUGGACCGGUCAGUUCAGAGACUUGACAACAAGUGCCGUUGAGGCGCCAUGCAGAGUCCAGCCCAGGAGGAUAGUGGGCCAAACCCACUGAGCACCCAAACCACACAGGACAAUGACACCAAUUCAACCGAGUCGGCAUCAAGUGAAACAGGUGCAAACGAACAGCAGGCUGUUGACAAGGAAGAAUCACAUCUUCCAAUGGAGGACAUGAAUGGACAAACAAAUGAAACACCUGCAGAUGAAGCACUUGAAUCCUCCCAAAACACUGAAGCAAUGGAAGUGGACCAGGGUCCGAAGACCCCACUACGGUCGACACCCAGCACAAAUAAAGAUCAAGUCGCUGGUGAAGAAAAGUCAAAGAAAUAUAACAGACGUUUCCCCUCCAAGAUGAUAGAUCCUCUGAAGAUGGACAUGACCAAGCCAGUGGUGAUGCCCCUGACAUCAUCCGAGCUGUCCCUGCAGUGCAUCGAAUGCCACAUCAUCUUCAGCGACGCCAAGAGCAAACAGCGUCACCUGAAGGCGAGUCAUCCAGCCGAAUACGAGCAGCGCAUCCUGACAAACGCGGUUUUCACCUGCUACGUUUGUGACCGCAGCUUCACCAACUCCACCGAACUCAUGGUCCAUCAGAAAGCCCACGUCGAGAGGAAACCCUACAAGUGUCCUCUUUGUAGCCAGGCCUUCAAGAAGACAUCCGAACUCACGCUUCAUAAAAAGAUUCACAUCGGGGAGGAUGGUUACACCUGCGUCAACUGUGGCAAACUGUUUAGAACGCUCACCCUGCUUAAGUAUCACCGUCGCGUACACAACGGAGAGUUGCCGUACGUUUGCAAGGAGUGUGGGGACAAGUUUUGCAUGUCCAAAGCUCUCCAGAAACAUAUGCUGUCACACCUACCGGAGGGUGCCCAAGCUAAAGCACUGAGGAAAAAGCGCGAUCCCUCCGCAAACAAAUAUCACUGCUCCAUUUGCAAGGCCACCUUCAAGAGUCCCAAGACGCUGCUUCAUCAUCUUAAAGCCAAGCACAACAUAUUACCAGCUUCGUUAAAGAAACCGCUCUUUUCACAGCUGAGACAUGCGACUCCAGUCAUAACACCGAUAGCCAUUUCCCAACCAUCGUUGCUCCAGUUGGAGCCCAACGGGCCUCUCCAGAAAGUCGACGGCAAUAUCGACACAGAGCCCAUCCGCAGGCUCAUUGAAUCUUUGGAAAACGUCCAGAAAGUAAAUAAAGUUGUGAUUUUGGGUCAAGUGCCUCCUGAUGCUCCGCCUUUGGAAGUGCAGCAGAUCUCCGACCUAGCCAAACCAGUUGAUUCAUAUCUUCAACCUCCUCAGUUAGGUUUUUUGGGAAUGACUCAGAUGGAGGCAAAGACAGCACAAGGAGACUUUCCUAUGAACUCAUGUGAUCCGAUGGAGCAGACAAUUAUAUUGGAACCCAUUACUCCUGACGGACAGUUAAUAAACCCGCCCUUUUCACAAUUCGGUUCCCAGAUAGUGUCAGGGGAAAGCUUUGCACUCGGUCUUGCUCCGAGUGAACAAAGAAUGGAGCCGGAAGGAGAUUCGAUGCCGCAAACUCAAUUCCAACCUACAGUGGACGCUACAAACAACAUGGACUCACUGGUUUGCAACACCGAAGGCAGUGACCCCAAGGAAGACCCUGAGCAAAUGAUCAUAUUAGAACUAACUCCUGCCCUGACACCAACUGCGGAGCUGGAACAUUCCCAAAAUGUGACACAGCAGGAAAUUACACCCCUAUCAUCGGCUCCAGCUCCUGAACUGGCGAGCUCGUUUGAUCAAAGUCAAGUAAAAGAAGCAUCAGUCCCACCAGCCCAGCCUGCAGUUGAGCAGAACAUGACAUUUGUACAAACCACACAAGUAGAUCUCCCACAGGAACCCACACAGGCUCCAGAGGAACCUGGAGAUAACCCUCAGGAGGAGGCUUCAUCACAGAUUCAACCUGAACACCAAGAUGAGGUGUCCGAGGAAUGUCAAGACAAAACGAUGCAGGAUGAAAAGCAACGCAAAGGUGAUGUAGAAAAUGAGACUGAAGUCGUGGAUGUUUCGUCCAAAAAGACGCGUCCAUCGUCGCAAUCCCAAACGAAGCAGGGGCCACAGAUCCCGGAGUUACCCGUGAAUGUGAUGUCAGCUCAAGAGCUCGUCAAAGUACGCAAAAGGAAGCCUGCCAGGGCUUUAUUUAUACAAAGUUAUAUGCAAGAAUUGAUAGGCACCAUACUUGACGAUGAGUUGCAAAGCGACGGCAAAGCAGCUAAACGCAAAAAAACCAAAAAAUCUCACCUUGUUGUAAAAUUUAGCCCGCAGAAAGAGAAGAAAAAGAAAGGGAACAAAAAACAAGCGGAAGCGAUAACGGAUCUGGAGACAAAUCUACCACAGAAUAAAGUACCUUCAAAAAAGAAGGGCGGGAUUUCUAAUAAAGGUAAAAAAGCAAAAAAUUCUGCAUCUUCAGGUGAUAUCAAUACAGCGCCAUUCACCAAACCGUCACAGGUAAAAGACAAAGUGAAGACAAAAAAAGAGAAGAAAAAGAAGCUGAAAAAAGACGAACAGGUUACUAACGAUAUAGUUCAAGCUGUCAGCAAACAAAAAGCAAUACUUAAAAAGAAGAAAAAACAACCUAAAAUAACACAAAAAGAACGACCCCAGAAUACAAAAGUGGCCGCUAAAUCGCCAAAAAAAAAGGAAGCCAAAAGUAGUCCGAAAACUAGCAAAAGCCAAGCUGACUCACCUGGUGUGCAAAUAACACAAGACUCCCUCCUUUUGUUGAAAGGUCACAAACAGCCCCAGUUGAAGGUUCACAAAUUGGACCCGUCAAAAACAUCGGGGCAGUCACCGGAAGCCCCGCCUCGGGACUCCCAAUCCAAGCGCAUCAGAGAUGGCAAAGCCAAACAUAAAACCGUUUCCGGGGGUAAGAAAAAAAGACCUCAAGCCAAAAAACCCCAGAAGUCUCUCUCAUUGCUGUCCUUCAUUAAUAUCAAUGCCACCCAUCAACCACCUGAAACUACCAAACCCAAGACCAGUCGAAAACGCAAAGCGCCCUCCAAUGUGGAAACCGAAGGCGUGAUAACAUCGGCGCAUUCCAGGUGCACCUUGGAGUGUAAAAACUGUGGGGAGAUCUUCAGUGAAGUAGCCUGUCUUCAGAAGCACAAAGCAACAGUUCACGUUAUGGAGAGUCCCGGGCUCACGUACACCAAUGGAAACAUUUUUGAAGGCGUCUCCAGGUUAGAUGUUUGCCACCAAGAAAGCACCACUGGCCUCAUGAAUCAUACCACCGGUUGGGAUACUGAGCCCGAGAUGCUAAUGGAGGACCGAGAACGAAGUGUCUCAUUUCCUGCUUUGAUUCCGUCCCCUUCUUUACCGGUUCCACAUGCCGACGAAGGUAGUAGUAAGCCUCCAGCUUCUCCAAAAUGUACCUCUUCAUUAGAUACAGUGAGAAACCGUGAAGCUUCUAGUGUCGAUCCUCUCUUAGACAGCCCAAGCCAAACAAAAGAUAAUAACGGUCUGAUGUCCUCAGAGGAACAGCAAAGUGAAAGCACCCCGAAGAACCUGUGUUCAGAAUCUGAAAUCCAGUCCACCGUGAAUGAGGACAUUAAGGAAGAUGUUGUUCUUGGAGUGGACUUGGUUACCGUUGGGGAAGACAAUGAAAGCGACAUUGUAUCUUCACGUCAAGGUCAGCCUUUCCAUAAUGUAUCAAGUGAAAUAACUAAUAAAACAAUCAACGGUGCUGGGAAAAUUCUGAAGUCUGUGUCUUGCGCCACGCUGCAAGCAGACGUGAAGGAAGAAGAGGAAGAACUUCUAGUCGGAAUGAAGCGAAGGAAUCCAUCAGGAAACGAACGGCGAGGAAAGGCAUUGCGUGGCAAUGUCAGAGAAACUGAAUCGGAGGAACAACAUGAAGAUUGUCGAGUCAUUUAUGAAGAAUUUAGCUCUGAUUCCCCAAUGAAGCAGCCUGAGAUCGGAACACAGGCUUCCCAGCCAGGGAUCAGUCUAGGAUCUGAUCCCAAAAUCGUUACUGGCACUUCUUUCCCCGUUGCAUCUUCUACAUCGGAUAAAUCCUUUGCAGCUCCUGAAGAACAAGAUGUGGUUGAGCUGGAGUCUGCAUCUACUAAUGUUCAACCUGACGGGGAGAGUCAGUCUCCAAGAAUCAUCCUUACAAAGAUUGUCCCCCCUGGACAAGGGAUACUUCAUAGGCAGCGGCAUCGUCUUAGCCCAGGGAUCAAGGUUGAAGAAAAUACAUCAUAUUCUUCACUUGGUGCACCCCAAAAUGAAAGCGACAAAGAUAUCCAGCCUCAGCAGCAUCGAGACAUUCGAACGGUUCUGGUGAAAGAAGAGAACAGAGCCGUGCUCAAUGAUGCUCGGGCCACACCGGAUAGCAGACAAUCUACCAGUUCAUUCACAGACAUUGAGGAGGCAACCAGCGACUGUCGUGUGACCCCCGACUUCAACAACAAACAGUGCAUCUUCUACCCAGUGAAGGAAGAAGAGAAGGAGCUUCCUUUGGGAACUGAUCAAACUCACUGUGGAAGCUUAACCACAGAAGCAUCCGCUGAUGUCAGUCACACGCCGGAUCCAACCUAUGACGGACGACACAAUGAACCAGACUACCAAGAAAUGACAGAACCGGAGAUGGAGGUUGAUGACUUUACCGAUGGACAAGCUGAAGCGGAGCAGCAGAAUCCAUCGGAACUGCAGCGCCUACUUCUCCAGAGUUCCGACGAAGAGGAUGCAGGAAGUUUGGAAUCAUCUCCACCUCCCGUUGACUGUGAAGCAGAUGUCAUGGCCUAUUUCCACAAGAAUGGCUCACUACAACCUGGCGUAAAUGUGAUCCAAGCACCAGGAGAACCCAGGGGACCCGUUCAUUACUUCUCUAAGUAUUUUGACUGGGACACUUGGGUAGACAUCGCCCACUGCACCAAUCAAACAUCCAGCAUUCUGAACAGUGUCACAGCGACUGAAGUGGCACGGUUUGUUGGCAUCCACAUUGCAAUGGGAACACUGAAGUUUCCCAGCCCGAGGCUCUACUGGGAGGACUUGACUAAGGUGUCCUUAAUUGCUGAAGCCAUGCCACUUCCACGCUUCCUUCAGCUGUCGCGGAUGUUGAAGCUCGCCUCCCCUGCAAAAGAUCCGGUGAGAACUCGUUUUGACUUGCAGAAUGACUCGCAAGGGGACAGUUCUCAUCAUCGUGUUAACAGCACUUGCCAAAGAAGAGCGUCAGAUGAAUCUUUGGACCCUCUGUGGAAGGUUCUGCCGGUAUUGUGCCGUUUCCAACAAGGGUGCCGGUCCCUCAGAAGUGAAGGUGACUAUGCAGUUGACCAGUAUUUAAUUCCCUUAACAAGAGAGCACAAAAACAGGCUGGCUCUCCACAGCACCACAUUAAUCGGAUUCGGGGGUUUGCUUCUACAUGUGAAUCUCAAAGUGGAUCUGUCCGACAAAGAGGAUGCCGUAGAAAAAAUGGUCCCCGGCGGCAGCACGGUGUUUCUUUGCAAGCAGGAACUCUCCACCCCUGCCAUGCUUGAGCGGCUCCUAAGUGCCGGGAUUCACGGUGCAGGCCGAGUAGGCGGGGCAAGGGGACAGAUCGGAGACGAGUUUGUGAGCUCGGACGGAAAGCUGAUGCUACGCAGGACUCACUGCGGUUUCAUUCUCUCUACGGCAGACCACAGUCAGAGGAACAUGGCCGCUCUCAUGGCCAACUUUCAGAAAGCCCAGACAGCAGCUCGUCUCAACAGAGAUUUGUUAAAUCUUUACUCCAUCCCGGUCGGUGUCUUUCCGACACGCUGGCCUCUCACCGUGCUCUGGUACCUAACAGACCUGGCUUUGGUCAACUCCUGGCUCCUGUACAGACACGAUCACACCACCAAUCCUGCGCCUUUGUCUCUAAUGGACUUCAGACUACAAGUGUCCAAAGCCUUGAUCCAUUCCAGCGGUGCAGACUCUCAGCACUCUGUUCUCCCUAAUCCAACCUCAGACAAAACUCAUGCCAGAACUGAACCCCCUAAUCCCAGCACACGAGAAGAAAGCGCCCUCCCCGAUGCAGCCACACGGUACGACGGUUCAGGUCACUGGCCAGAGCAGCUGGCCGAAGGCGAAGGCGGCAGGUGUCGUUUCGGGGACUGCCAGAGGACAUCUCGGGUUCUAUGCCUUAAGUGCUGUGUCUUUCUUUGCAUCUCACGCAAUCACAAUUGCUUUUUGAAUUUCCAUAAUCAGGCAAAUUCAGGAACCCUAUAGAUUCCACCUCGACAUUGACAAUAUGAACAUUUGAUGUACAAAUACAGGGUUAUUCAAGUACAAUACAUACAAAAUGACUGCAUAAUGAUUGUUCAGAUAGCCUUCAUAUGAAGAGCUUGCAACCAAAAGGCGCUAAAUCCAAUUUUCACUAAGUUGCAUGUUUUUCAUGAGUUUAAUAGACCUCUGCCAUGUGUAUCCAAAUCACAUAUUUUGGGCUUGAAAUCAUUUUUAAAAAUAUGAAAAAAAGUGAUAUGAAAUUUAUGCUUUCAACCAAAAGGCGCUAUUUCCAUUUCAGAUUUCAACCAAAAGGAGCUAAAUCCCUUUCUUUAUUCUGAGUGGCCCAAGUUUCCCAUCUAUUGAUAAUCUGACCAAUCAGAGAGAAGAAUACAAUUGGCACUGCACAUACAGAAAGCCAGUAUCAGUGUGCAUCCUGUUUUGUUUGUGUACAUUAAGUACACGUAUGAUAGUUACAGUAUGUUAUGCAAUUCAGGAGAACACAAAUUGUUUUUACAGUAUUCUGUAACAUGGAAGUUUUUUUUACGCCAUAAAAGGCAUGUCUCUACCUUGACACCUCCAACUUUCAUGAGAAACAUUAUUUUACUUGUACUAAAAAACAUACAAUGUGAAGAGUUUUUAAUGAGAUGAUUUUUGUCAAAUUUAUUUCAGCCAAAAGGCGCUAAAUCCAUCAUUUCAGCCAAAAGGCGCUAAACCCCCCCCC